AAAGUAUCCAAUCAGAUGCAUGUGCAACAGCGAAAUAAACCUGCAGAUUGGAAUUCGUAGAGAAAACAAGGGUGGUGAAGCGUGUUGAUUUUUUUUUUUUUUGGCGUUCAUGGACGGAAUUAAUUCGAAGUUAGGGGCACGGUUACACAGUCCAAGUCAAGGUAAUGGUCAAGCUGUUGUGACCGUAGCUAAGAGGAUAAUUGAAUCUUGAAAAAAGCGACUGCCAAGAGAAGGGUGCGGGGUUGUAUACAAUGAAUAUAUAUGGAAAGAGUUCAAUAAGUGAUUGCAAGAAAACAAAUCUUUCAUUGAGUACCAGAUGGACUGGACAGGUGCAAAAUUGUUGUGGGUUAAACCCGGCGUGGAUUCCAUUUGAACGGACAGUUUUAGUUUUAAUGUUUUUGGAUGGGGAUCACCAUCAUCCACAAUACGAAAAACAGAAAGGAAUUCUCAUUAAGCUUGUUACUAUAAUCGAGCAAUAAACUUUGAUCAGCAGUAUAUAAAGAACAUAAAUUCUGCAUCUGUGAAGUUUUGUCAGGAGAUGACCACAAGGAAUAGUGAAGGACUUUAUUUGUGACACAGUGUUGUUUCUUGGAACCAAAUUCUGUAAAGAUAUACAGAUGAGUUCUCGCCGUAUUUCCACAGCUUUUGAGACCCUACAGAGAAGGGAAUCCAUUCAGGCCCCCUCCACCAACCGGAAAUCCUCUGUGUUCGGGGAACCUCGGAAGUUAACGGUGGAGAUAGGGAGGCGACAGUCUUAUGCCACAGGAGAAAAACAGUCGAGGAGAAAGUCUACAGUACUUCAUCCUAAAAAACGACAAAGGGGAUCCGAACAGGUUGAAAAUGAAUCCAAUAAAAAAGUGGAGGUCGUGGAGGAGGUGGACCCGCGGGAGGCGUUCAGACAAGUCGUCCUCGACGCCAUCAAGACAGCGUUCGAGUUGGUCACCGUGAACGGAGAAAUCAAUAUCAACGUAGAUAACAUAUUCCCCCUGAUGAAGACCCUGGAACUAAAUCCCAAUGACGAACCCAUCAUGGAUAUGGUCAGGACGGCCUGUAUUGAUACCUAUGGGAACAUCAGCGAGUUAGAAUGGGACGAGAAGGUGGUGGAUCAAAGGAAGCAGACGACGGGGGAGGAAUUCGAGGAGGACAUCAAGUCGGCCUUCAGCCUGAUCGACAAGGACGCUGAUGGCGUCAUCACUACGUCAGAUAUCUACGAACUGAUGAUGGGACUGGGUGAAAUGUUAACAGACGAGGAAAUUACAGAACUCAUUAAAACAGCAGAUCUAGACAACGAUGGUCAGAUCAACUACAGGGAUUUUCGAAUAUUUCUUCUCGGCGACACUGGGGAACCAAUUGAAGAACCAGUAAGGGAGGAACCAAAAACGGAAGAGAAGGUAGAGGAAGUUAAAGAAGGAGAGGAAGGAAAGGAAGAAGAGAAGAAGGAAGAUGAGGAGGAAAAGAAAGAAGAAGUUAAAAAAGAGGAACCUAAGAAACCCGAAUUAUCUCCGGAGGAACAAGCCAGAAGAGAGAGGAGAAGAAAAAGCAUGUUGAUGGGAUAUGCGCAGAAAAUAAAGGCCGAAGAAAAGAAAAAGGAGGAAAUGAGAAAAGAAGAGGAGAAGAAAGAGGAGGAGAGGAAAAGGGCAGAGGAAAAGAAGAAAGAGGAAGAAGACGCUAAAAGGGAAGAGGAACAGAAAAAGAAAGAGGAGGAAGAAGAAAAAAAGCGGCAGGAUUCCGGAUUUGGAAGUGAGAGUGACACGGACUCAAGCGUAGAUCCAAACAGACCAGGCUCUGGGGUUAUUUCCGUAACCGUAAAGCACUUAGAAUCUAUAACAGAAAACGAAGAAGACGAAGAAGUCUUUGAAUCGCAAUCAAAUUCCGAGUCAGCAAAACGACCAACCUCAUCACGUCCAAUGUCAGCAACGCCUAGUGUCCUAAGUAUACCCGAAGACGUUACGAUCAUUGACGACGAGUCCGAACAUGAGUUCGGAGCAUUUUUAGACGAUUUACCGUCUGCAAGAACGUCAUCUGCCAAAAGUCGUCUGCAGUCAGGAAAAAGUCGAUUGUCGUCUGCGCGGAGCAGAUUGAGUAGUAUUCAUGAAAGAACUCAAGGAAGUUCUACUGACAUUACGGACUUAAAUAUGUCGACUGAGAUGGAUAGUAUGGCCCUGUCGGAGGACGAAGAGCCAAUCAAAGAUAACCGGUUUACAGGUAGCAUGAGCGACAGACAAAUCUAUUAUACUCAGAACUUUGACUCUCGUCACGGCUAUUGUGAAAUCGGAACAGAUGACGAUUUGGAAAAUGACGUAGCCGUGACUCAAUAUAGCUUAUUUGAGACGGCGCCACUUUUUGUGAAAUACAACAACGGUUUUCCGAUCAGACAGUUACAGCGGUGCAAAUCAGCGAGCAAAAUACAAACCAUAAAAAAGCUCGAGGAAAGCAUUCUUAGGCGACAAAAUACAGAUCCUAAAAUAGACAUGAAUGCCAUUCGACAAGCCAACGAAAUUUCCCGCUAUUCUCCGAUAAAAACGAACGCAAAUGGACUAGUGUGUUCCCAUGUAAACAUGAAAUUAUUAGUGACAACCGAAAAGGAGAAUUUUUCUAGUUACAGCAGGACUUUAAACAGAAGGCCCAGAACAGCGCCAGUGUUAAGCACCAGAACAGCGCCAGUGUUAAGCACCAGAACGAGGCAGCAGAACAUGAAGACUCCAGAGGUUGAUGAAAAUAACAAUGGACUCGUGAAUAUUGUUGAUCUAUCUCGAUCACUCCAGACAGAAGACAUGGGGUACCCGGAGACUCCGGAUCUGGCAUUAAAACAUUCCGGAUACAAAUCCGUGUGGCCACUUGCUAGGGUGAAAUCUGCUCGAAACAGUAAAAUCAACAAUGGGAAAAAUAUAGAACUGAAUUCGUUUUCUCGAAGCCUCGAACGAGUUGAAAUUGCCCCACCUCGUCCUAAGUCGGCGUUCGAAUUCGCUACUAACCAAAGACAUUUUUAUAAUGGACAAAGCUUUAGAAGGAAAGGGCAACAAUCCAUUAUAAAUCUAGAAUUGCCUUACUGCCAGCAAAGCAAUAUAAAGAAAAUGUCGAGGCUUUCAAAAAUGGCACACAAUAAGCCCAUGCGGGCGUAAUCUAGUCAGUCAAGCUGUUAGAAAUAUUUAAAAACUUUUGUUAUCAUUAAAUACUUUUACAAUA